AGUUAUCAUUUGCCGAGAUUAGGUUCUGUUGUCAGGAUCAGCAGUUGACGGUCCUUUUUUUGACUGGACAUUUCAGUCGCUUCGUGAAAACCAAUCGGAAAGGUUCGAUUUUUGUAAUCUGCUCCAACAAACAUUUCCCUUUGUUUUCAUUUCAAAUUUGGGAUUAAAAAAGAUGAGCAGCGCUGAGAAUCGCCACUUGCCAUUUCACGAGUUGAUUGAGGAAUGCAGCAACAUGUUGGCUAGAAUGGACACGCUUCAGCUCAACGCACUGAUUGAGCGUUUCAGUGCCGAAAUCGAUUCCAGACAAACGCUCAACUAUUUGGUAGACGGGCCGUCUCUGCUCACCUACCUGAUUUCACGUCACGUAGUUCGACCCGAUAAUUUGUCGGCGCUCAUCGCCAUGGCGGAAGUGGCCGACAGAUCCGAUUUGAAGCAAAUCAUCGGCCGCUAUUGCCACUCGCCUCCGUCGUCAUCUCACCCAAAAGACAUGUCCAUGCUCAUCGACAAUGUUUCCGAGGGUAUUCAAAAUGAUUGGAGGAACUUGGCCCGUCAACUGACACUGGCAGAAUUCGACAUCGCAAACAUUCAAGCGUCGACCAGCAACGACCAGCAAUUGGCCGCUUCGGAAAUGCUCGACCUGUUUCGGCGAACGCGAUCGCAUCGAGAUCUCGUGAGGGAACUCGUCACUGCGCUGAGAGCCAUCAAACGUUUCAGCUUGGCGGCCAAAGUCGACGAACUGGUCAACGCCGUGCCGGCCCAAUAUGCGUGAAAACUGUGUACAGCAAUCAACCCUGCUAUUUAACGAUCCAUUUUUCUGUAUUUUUGAUCCCCAUUCUCUCAAGAUCCAUUUGAAAUAUAAUUUUGUAUAUAUUUUAUAAAGAAAAUUGUAAACAUCCAAAGACGCAGCACAGCUGGACGUCAAUGGCUGAUGAGAUAGACAAAAGAUUAUUCAUUC